GCAUCUCUAAACUCCACUAUAUCCAUAAACAUGCACAAAUUUCGCUAAAUUCCGCUAAAACUAAAGUUUGCAAGAUUUCUUCAACAGUUCGCAGAGCUCACGAGACUCUGUUCAAAUAGAGUCAAUGUUAGAGCCGUGUUAACCACCGAAUUAAAGCAUGAAUGCUCCCAUUGUUUUAUGCGAAAUUGCAAAUGAAAUUGAAGCAGAAUGUGUCUGCGAACCAUCACAAUUCAUGUAUGCCAAAAAAGGUUGGCAACUAAUGGACUGCUUUGCAGAGAACACUCAUGCAGAGAUACUCAUAGAAUGCAUCAAAAAGUGCGAAGCCCUGCGUCCCCGAAAGUUGGUCUUCAAAGCCAUCAAAAAAGAUGGCAAAUGGAUUUUGGUGCUGUUGCAGAAGGUAUCUCACGCUAAAGUCUGUCCGCUUGACAUGGAAAUGGGUGCCACACUAUUGCCGAUUGUGUUCAAAAAUUUUAGGCUGGAGACCAGCCUGGAUUUUGUAGUGGCCGAGCAGGAGAAGAUCUAUCAACGGCCCCUCAAAACGUAUGUGACAACGAAGCUAUUCGACGCACUCUACGACCGACACCAGAAGGUGCGAGAGGGCAAGGACAAGCCGUUAAAUCUACCAGACUGCUUCCAGUCGAGGUUGCGCAAAUACCAAGAGCGCAGCGUCUGCUGGAUGCUGAGUCGCGAGCAGGAGUUGAAUGAAUUUACUGGAAACUACUCCAUCCUCCUGGCGGUGGAUGGGCAUACACGCGUGGUCAAGCAUGACUACUGUCUCGAGUUCUAUCCGUUUCAGGAGGAACUGCAAAAGAUAGCUUUGCCUCCGGGUGGCAUUCUGGCGGAUGAAAUGGGCUUGGGCAAGACGGUGGAGUUCCUGGCCAUGCUGAUGCUCAAUCCCAGAGUUAAGGGCACAUUCAACAACAAAUACUGGCUAGAACUUCUUGAGAGCGUCGACGAAAACGUGCCUCGGAAGCAGCAGCGACUGCAGGACGAUCUCUUUUGUAUCUGCACCAAAAAAAAGGGCAUACGGAUCCAGUGCAGCAAAUGCCGACUGUGGCAGCACGAGCGGUGCAUGAGUCGCAGUGUCCAGCAGGAUGCGAAUGAUCCCCCAUAUGUGUGUCCCAGCUGUUGGUCGGAACUGGGAGACAUGGGAAACACGCACCUGGUCGAGUCCGGAACCACCAUCAUAGUCUCGCCCAAUGCCAUCAAGAUGCAGUGGUUCAACGAGAUGAAGAAGCACAUUUCGCCAGCCUUAAAGGUCCUUCUGUAUCCCGGUCUGCACUCUGGCACGUGGUACAGUCCCCUGGAUCUGGCCAAGUACGAUGUUGUGCUCACAGAUUAUCUCAUCCUUCGCAAUGAGAUUUAUCACACAGCGGACUACAAGUCCGAUCGCCAGAUGCGCCACCAACAGCGCUAUAUGCGUCCGAGCUGUCCGCUUCUAAUGGUCAACUGGUGGCGUGUCUGCUUGGACGAGGCUCAGAUGGUGGAAAGCAACACCUCACAGGCGGCGGAAAUGGUGCGUAUGCUGCCGGCCGUAAAUCGUUGGGCCGUCACUGGAACCAUUGACGAUCUGCCGCCACUCUUGCAGUUCGUUGGCUUCAAUGAGGCCUGCCAGCCACCGGCUGCCUGGCAGACUGUGGACAAGUCCUUCCAGCUGAAUCACAAUCCAAAGCCAUUGCUGGAUCUGCUGGAGCACAGCUUGUGGCGGACCUGCAUGUCGAAGGUGAAUCACGAACUGGGUAUUCCGCCGCAAACGGAAGUUGUGCAUCGCCUGGAGCUUAGCAAUGUGGAGGCUCUGUAUUAUAGCGAGGAGCACGACAAGUGCCACGAUCAGUUCCGCAAGGAAGUGGCCAAGAAUACGCAUCACAACGAUGACAACAGCGCCCGGCUGGCGGCCAUUUCUUCGCAGCUGCUGCGCAGCAUCCUAAAACCAUUUCUGCACAUACGCAAGACCUGUUCCGUGCCCUUCGUGCACAACAACAACAAUGUACACGCCUCGAACUUUCUGGAUCCGCAGGAUCUCCUAGACCAUCUGAUAACCAACAACGAGACCGAAUGCAAGAAGGAGCUUCGCAGCUGGGCCUCCUCGUACAAUGGGACGGCGGCCAUAUUCUUUAUACGCAAACGUUACAGCAUGGCCAUUACGCAGUACAAGCUCCUGCUGAAACUAGCCGCGGACUACAACAAAGACAACAUAUCCGUGGACAGUGUACUCCAGAUUCAUGCUCUCUACAACAUUCUGGAAGCCAACACUCUGGCUGCACCUCAGGACAAGAUAUCCGAAAUCGAGGUGACCACCUAUCAAGCACAGAUGAAAGCGUUAGAGUGGAAGUAUCUGGACGACACCUCCAAAGUUCUCCAAUCGGCUGACAAUGCCUACCAGUCGAAGAUAACUGAAUGUCACAACUUGAAUGAUCAGUUCAGUGACAUAGUCGAAUUUAUGUCCACGGUGGUCCACCACGAGCCUUCCCUCCACGUUGCCAUUUGGAACAAGGUGCGCGAGGAGUUCAUCAGGCAGAAUAUCUCUGCUGAUAAAUUCGCACAUGUCGACACCGUAUGGGGCAUCCUUUAUGAUCUUGAAAUGUGGCAUGGGCGUUUCGAAGAUCUCAAGACAAAUUUAAUUGAGGAAUUCGAGUAUCUAAAGGAUAUCAUUGGUCGUGCUGUUUCAACAGUCCAGGCGGGAGAUGCCCUAGCGGCUGACAUCACGAAUUUCAUUGGCCAAGUUUCCGAUUGUCAUCUCGCUGAGAUUUUGCAGGAUGAUGAUGAUAAAAAGAAACCGAAAAAGCCACGCACUUGUCGCCUGUGCAAGAUACGUGAGACCCUUCAUAAAUUCGAAUGUGAGCUGUUUGACAAAGAAAACGACGAAAACGAAGGGUUGGAGAAGCCCAGCACGAUGAUCGCUCUUAUAAAAAUAAUCUUAACAUUCGUGCGCGGAAAACCAGAGUUCAGGGACUACCGUGACGAAUGUAAAGUCCAAUUGGAUUUUCUCUCCAGCCUCCAGGGUCUGGCCAAAGCAAUGGCCAAGUACUGGAUCGAGGUGGAGUAUAUGGUGAAGUCAUUCGAUGAGCUGGAAAUGUGCAAGAUGCGCAUUCAGCUAACCGCUGAUCCCAAAGAACAGUCAAAUUAUCGCAUCUUGAGGGGUGAGGUCGCUGAGCAUUUGGAGGCGAAUCUGAGCAAUCUGGACAUGUCACAGCUCAACUUUGCGCGGCUGUGUGGACGCCUCAAAUAUUUAAAGCAUUUAAAGGAGGACAAGAGCGCCAAAGUCUGUCCCAUUUGCCAGACCGAUGAGGAUUCCCGAUAUGUGAUGAUGGUUUGCGGCCACUUCAUUUGCAAACACUGUCUGGACGUCAUGAAAAAGAAAAUAACGUACGAGGGCCGCACCAAGUGUCCGACCUGUCGGCAGGUUUCGCCACAGCUUUAUCAUUCCAUUCGUCCUGGGGAGACCAAAUCGAUCGUUGGAAACUUUUCAACGAAAAUUGCCUGCAUGGUGGAAUUGAUACUCAAGAUUUCGGCUGCGGGUAAUAAGGAAAAGAUACUCAUCUUCUCCCAAUGGCAGCCGAUACUCGAGCACAUUUCGACUGCCCUCAAAUUGAAUGGGAUUGAGUAUCGCAAGUGCAGUAACAAGGAUCUCGAGGAGUUUAAGAGCACUGAAAAUAAUGUUACCUGCCUGCUAAUGCCUUUGUCGCGUGGCUCUAAGGGUCUUAAUCUAAUCGAGGCCACACAUGUGUUUUUGGUGGAGCCAAUCCUGAAUCCUGGCGACGAACGGCAGGCCAUUGGCCGUAUACAUCGCUUCGGCCAAACAAAAGCCACGACAGUACACCGAUUUGUAAUGAAUGGCACGAUCGAGGAGAAUAUUUUGACGCUAAUCACAUCAGCGGAUGACAGCGAAACCUUUGGCACUCACUGGGAUCUGGGCAAUAUGACGCUGGACAGCUUAAAGAAGCUAUUCGUACUGAAGUAGAAUGGGUCCGUUAUUGGUAUUCUAUUAAUUAUAAACAUUUAAGAAACUAGAUAUUUAAACAGAAUGUUUAUAUGACUACAUUCCCCCACUUAUUUUGUAUAAUGAAUAUACAAGUAUUAUUGCUGUUCG